AGCCAUUUUGGCUCAAGCUGUGCUCUGCCGCCUCCCGCGGGGCGCUCGGGCGAUGGCGGCGGUCGGGCCCCUCUGUGGGGAUGUGCGCGCGAUGCUGGCGGCCCUCGGCCCGCUCGCGCAGGCGGCGGCGGCUGGCGCUGCUGCUGGAGGAGGAAGUCGCCAGGUCGUGGCGGCGGCGGUGGCGGCGGCGAUCCGCACUGGAGUGGAGGUGCUGACCGAGACGGCCCCGUCGCCCCACAUCGUGGACGGCGACAAGGUGCACGACCACGAGGAGAAGCAGGUGGCGGACCUCAGUGGCUCCGACGAUGUGCAGAAGGAGGUCGACGCGCGCCUUGGUAUGGUGCGGCCCUUCCUCACGCGCAAGGUGGAGCAGAGGAACGUGACUUCGGGGCAGAAGGCGUACAGGAACGUGGCGCUGAAGGACGGCCUGGGCGCUGGUGUUGACACCCUCCCCAAGACCGCGCUGGAGGCCAAGCGUCGUCAGCGGGGGGGGCGGCGCCGUAUGCAGGCCGUGGAUACGACCCCGUGCGAGUCGGAGGAUAGCAAGGCCACUGAUGAGGUGAAGAAUUUGACCGCGACCACGUACGGCUCCGAGAAGCUCAUGGAUGUGAAGGCCUCCACGGCGAAGGCCCUGGUGAACGUGGAGACCGAGAAGGUAUCGCAGGUCGUGCACGCGGACCUCGACCCGCUCCGGGCCCAGGACGGCCUGGCCCGCGUCGUUACGGCCGCCAGGAAGUUCGAGGUCAUGCAGCAGGCGGCCUUCGGCGUCCAGCAGGCGAAGGACGCCUUGGCGCAGGCGGAGGCUUGGCACGUCGCGGCCGUCGAUGAUGCUGUCGACGCUGCCUCGGCCUUGGAGGAGGACGUGCGCACGGCGUUCAUGGUGAAGCUCGGCCUCCCGCCCUAGAAGGCGGCCUUGUCGUGAGUGCCGCGGAGGCUCGUGUCCUCCUGCGGCACUCCUGGUUCGGUGCGGAGUCGCGGAGGCUCGUGUUCCUCCUGCGGCUGGUGCCCUGGGGUUGCGGAGGCCCGUGUUCCUCCUGCGACCCCAGGGGCUGCGGAAAGAUUGGUGCCGCGUGAGCGGCGGUCAGCAGAGUCCAGC